AUGGCGUUUUGGCAUUCCGUGCUUAAAGAUGUCCACGAUAAACAACCUUACGAAACGGGUAAGGGAUUCAUUGAUUCACUUGUUAAGAACACUUUACAGCCUAAUUUGCAUUCAGGUCACGAUGGUUUCUGCACGGCCUUUCCUAAGGUGAGUGUUCACGUGGAAAGGUAUAAUAAGGAAGUCAAGGCGUCGAAUGAGAAGAUCAAGAGCAGAAUUCAAGGCUUAGAAAAAGACAUGAAGAUUCUCAAGAAAACGGUAAGUGAAAUAUUAGGGAAAAAUUCUGACGCAGAUGAUGCCAUGAAAAUUUGCCAAGCGGAGGAGUUGGUGGACAAGACGCUGGCGGAAUAUAAGCAGAAAGCUGAGCACUUCACUAAUGACUUAGACGUUAACAAUAGCUACAAAGAUGCGAUUAAAGCUCUUAAUAGUAGUUUGCGCGUUACAAUUAAGCACGUCCAUAGUACGAUGGCACAUGAGACGAAGAGGCUUGAGAAGGUGCGUGAGGCGGAGGCUGCGGAGUUGCAGGAGACGACGGAGAAGAUUCAGAGCGUCCUUGCCGCGGCAAAAGAUUGUGUGAAUACGAACAUAAGUGAGGUUGUGACAAAAAUGGUCCGCGACUUAAAGCAAAAAGUGCAGAAAAUCUUAGACCAGCUGAAGAAGAUUGCUCAGGAGCUGGAGAAAUAUAUAAAGGAGUUGGGACAGUGGAUUAGCAAAGCGGAGGCAGCAGUGAACAGUGCGUUAGGAAGAGUGGAAUCAAUAUUGAAAGAGGUUAACGAAAAGGAUUCAGUUACGCAGCCAUAUAAAAUCAAGCAAGCUUUAGAGCAGAUUAAGACUGCAGUAACGAUGCUUUACGGAGCUGGCGAAGAUGCAAAGAAAUUUGUUGGAGAGAAAGUCAAAUCAGCCCUCGAGGCCGUGAAAACGAUGGAUGGGAAAUUAAAGGAGGAUUUAUAUAAUGUCAAGGAGAAUAUCAAGCGGGCGAUUAAAGCAUUGGGAACAAAGUUGGAGAAGAAUGUGAAGGAUGAUUUGGGGGUGUUGGAAAGUGGGAUUAGGAAUGCGUUGACGCAGCAUGUGAAGAGUGUUCUAAAAGCGAUUAAUAAGGAAGUUGAUAAAAUUAAGAAUGGUGAAGGUCUUGAUGGAUUUGUGACUCACGUGACUAAGGAUUAUGUUAAAAAGUUCAAGGACCAGGGAUUUGAAGGCAUAGUACAGAAAUGGAUUGAUGAUAUUUUGAAAACGAAUGACAUUCUUAAAGGUGCAAUUGAUUCGUAUGCCUCCCAGCCCAACGGUUUGGGUACAAGUGUUUUUGAGUUUCACACGGAUAAGUUAGCCAGUGGAACAGGUGGGAUUAAGGAUAGCCAUACUAAUGAUGUCGCGGAAGCAAUCAAGAAUAAAAUUAAGAAUGGUAAUUACGGCAUCGAAAUGAAAUUUACGGAACCGCGUGGCGAUGGCGGCCAAAAUGACAAAGUUAAUGAAAAUAUUAAGGCUGUUUACGAUUGCAUCAAUAACUUUCACACGAAGCUUGGUGAGAAGAUUAAGAACAAUCCAUCUGUGCGUUAUGGGAGAGAUGAGUUUAUUAAUGGUAUAGUUGGGGCGAUUGAAGGUGUCUUGGUAAAAACCGGGAUGGAAUUUACUAAUAAAGGUUAUCUAAAAGAAGCCGUCCAAAUUAUUCUACAUUCCGUCCACGCCACAGCGACGCAGUUGGCCGAACAAAUCAAAUUGCUUGCCGGUUACGAAGACAGCUCCAGUGUCUACAAAAUCAAGAAGGUGGACGAGGCUUACACGAAAGCGACGACGCUGCAUAGGGAGCUUGAAGAAGCAGCCAGAGAAUCCUCCGGCAGGUCUAAAGGGUACGUCGCAAAUCAGAAGAUUCAACUUGCCACCUACAGGCAUGACAAGGCUGUGGAGGUGGAGCUAAAGCAGAACUUCCCUACAAAUGGAGCUCUCGGUCAAAACAAUUAUACUCUUGGCCCCAGCCUCAUGUCCCAAUUCCACGAGACCCACCAGAAGCUCCAACUCGGCCAGAUAGCAAGCGCCACCAGCAGUGGUGGUGGCGAAGACGUGCUCGAGCAGCAGCUGAAAGAUGAUCCAGCGAACGGCACUCUGACUGGACAACCAGAAAAUAAAAAAGUCACGCUUCAAGGAACUACAAGUUUCACCAAAUACAAACUGCAAGUAACCCAAUCCACCGUGACCGGUGACAUCGACAACCUUGCAGGCGCCCUUCCAGACAAGAUCAAGGAAAUCAGGACGCAGGUGACGGAGGCUCUAAAACCAAUCGCCCAAUUCCAUGGCUUUGCAAACGAAGAUAUUAAGAAAGUCACCGACAACCUCACGGAGCUUUAUAGAGUUAUCAAACACGAAGGCGAACAAUCCAAAAGCGAGUUGCAACUUUUGAAAAAUACGUAUUUUAAAGACCAUGAUUUCACAGUUACCAGACUAGUUAGGGAUAACAUCAAGAGAAUUAAGUAUGACCUUGAGCAACUGAAAACCGUUGAUCUAGGCGGAGCCAUAAAGGAGGCCGAAUACUUUCUAACCGGCGCCGAACCAACCUGCAAAGCCACAAUAAAAUCAUUGGAGGACCACGUUAAAGCGCAGGCCGCGGACGCCGAAGCCAAACUCACCACCCACGCACGGAAACGGUAUGUGAACUCCAUACAGACUCUGCUGACGGCAUUUUCCGAUAAGGUAGAGGAGGAAUUAAAGCCUCUACCAAAAGAGAUUGCAGAUGACUUAACGCUAGGCUUCAAGGGGUUUAUGUCUAAAUUUGAAGAACAUUUUAUUACACACCCUAAAUCAAUCAGAGGUAUUAAGGACAUUGAAAAUAAGUUUUCACAAGAAAAAUCUCCACUCAGCCAGGCGGUGGUAAAAUUACAUGGAAGUUUUAAAAAGUUCUUUCAUGAUUACCAAAAGCACACAGACUUCAGUAAAGAUUUCAGAAAAUUUGAGGCAUCGAAAGAUGCAUUGCAGAAAAUGCUGGCAGAGCUCAUAACAUCGCAGCACUUCAACCAGACAUUUAUGGAAAAUUCAGAGUCGCUCGAAAAUGAGCUUAGCAAGCUUAACCCUUUAAUAAUUGGCGAAGCAGAGAACCCUUUUAUUGUCGACGCUUUAAAGAAAGGCUUCUCGGGCCUCAUCGAAGAGCUUGGCAACACUUACAUAUCGACGUAUUCGGAGCGUGAAAUUAAUUGGCAAACCAUCGGCCAGGAGGAAAAAGAAAAGUACGCAAAAAUCUCCUUGACCCUUACGCCCACCGUAUAUGAAGCAUUAACGCAGCUCAAGGAGAAACUGGAUGACACAAGCACUGGAUGGAAACUUAAUAACAUUUAUAACAAUUCGGUUCCCAAAUCCAGUUUACACGCUCUUUUUUUCCGUGACAACGGCUAUGACUCUGCUCUUCCUGUUGGUGCGGAGCACGGCGAGUUGAACCAUAAGCCAGAGUACAAAGGUAGCCGCAUUCUCACAAAUCUUAUGAAUAAUAAACAUAAUUUGUUCGUUACCAGUAAUCAAUCACUUUCCGCUCUCCGUUCCGGUACUGAAGAUAUAGCCGUCGAUUUUGUCGAGGAAACCGGAAUCAUCCAUAGGCUUCGUGAUUACCUUAAUGAAUACUUCGACAUCUGCCACCUUACUCACAUUGACAAACCCAGGUCACCGUGUAGCGUAUUCGAAAUGUCCCUAUGGCUGUCCGGCCUUCCGCAUAACCCCAUUUAUGAAAAACUUAAGCAGCAGAUUACGACUAUGUUCGAAGUGCCAAGUGAGACAGAUCCUUCUCAGAAAAUCGUGAAGCCUAUGAAUGCCUAUCCACAACAGUUUACAGAUGGUGAAAUACAUUCUGCACUUGAACAUGUUACAUCGCACGCGUACUCACUGCUGACUGGCGUCGUUGGGCAUGGUGAUGAUGAAACGUUUUACGCGUGUGAGUUCCCUAGCAACUCCCUCAGCCUGAAAUAUCCUGCCUCCGGCGCCGAGUGCCUUGACAUGUUGCUUGAUAUCCUACGUAGAAUGUUCCCCGUCCUUACAUUCUUGCAUACUCAGUGUAGCCUACGUGAUAAGCACGGUGGCUGGCGCGACUGCUACUACGGCAAGGAUAUCAGGUCGUCCAAAUGGUCGUGUAACGAGCAUGUUACUGAUGAACCAACGUGCCAAGCAAAUUGCCAGGCAAGCACCAAACCAAAUUGCCAACCAACCUCUCCACUUAUGUCUUACAUAAACGAUAGCUUACAUGGUCAUUUGCCUCAUGAUGUAACCUCUGUUGGUUGCAAAUCAUCGUGCAACACUUGCGCCAAAUCUCCGCCUGGGAUGCCGUGCCUUCCUCCCCUCGGCUUCAGAGCGUUCUCGAACAGUACGCAUACAGGGAGAGACCUGUGUGAAGUGCUGGGCGAGUUGGUCGGUGCUGAUGGCGUGUUCACAAAACUCUACGCGCCACUCACUUGCCUUCUCAACCGUGCACCUAUGACGUUACCUGAUGUGUUUGCUUUCUAUUACAGCCUGGCCCUUGCCGACAAAAUCACGGCUACCGUGGGCUGCGAUCAUAGUGAUGCUGUGUCGUUACUUGAUCCAUGCAAAUAUAUGUAUGAAUCCUCAUCGCACUUUAUGCACGAGACCAAUGUGGACCGUGACCUCAGCUAUUUUGUUGGUUGUGGUAAACAAGAUUGCGGUUAUUUCAUGCGCCCAUUAAACUCUGUUGCGUAUUACUGCUUUGCGCCAAAACACGCCGACAAAUAUUUGUCGUGGAUACUUGGCUGUGCCAACCAACUCGUUAGAUUUUUCGAGGAGUUGAAGCAGGCAUUCUGUAAUAUUUCAUGUGUUGACUCUGGGUGUUCGCCGUGUCUUAACAGCGCUGCCUGCCGAGGGGGCAAGCAUGGUAAUAAGCCCUGCGGUUGUCGAUCAAUGGUCGACUGCAAAGGAGUGUCUCCCACAUUCUAUCGAUUCGGAUUAACGUUCCCGGAUGCUUCAAACAGCAGCAGGAAACAAUGUUCUCAAUUCUGCAAAGCACUUGAAGACAUAUUGAAAUCCGGAGCAUUGUCAAGAUUUUUAAAGGCCAUCGACGAAUUCAUGUUCACAGUCAGGAAGAAUUUCAUAUGGACACUGCUAGCCCUCUGGUCCCUCUCUUUGCUCUACCUGCUGCACAUCACCGUCGUCCGCCUCGACGUCCUGAGGAUACGCUCGCACCUGAGAUCACCCUCAAGCCACCGCAUCGCCGCACAGUCCCUCCUCGCCGUUGCAAAGGUUGGGAAAAUUGCCAACGUCAAGUACUUCUCACCAUAA